AUGGCUGGGCCAUCUGGGCAGGAGCGCCGCCGCAGACACAAGUCCGUGCCCGCGCUCGCCCCGCCGAUCAGCGCGGCCUCGCGCUGGGGGGCAGACCCCAGUGAGCCUCGCAACACCGAUGCGCGCGAGGGCGGGCCCGAGGUAUCGGAGUUCCAGCAGGCAAUGAGGACGUCGCCAUCGGAGGGGCAUCGCCGCCUUGAGCGCGGGCGGAGCUUCGCGGCGCCCAAUGACAGACCCGACACCCGCGCAGAGGCGAUUGCUGCCGCUGUGGCGCAUGGUGAACGCAUGAAGGAGGUUGAUCGCCAGAUUGCAGAGGAUGAAGCGGUCCUGAUGGCCGAGGUGCUGCCAGAUGACCGCGAGGUGCUGCCAGAUGACCGCGACUGGCAGCAUCUGGCAGCAGAUGAGGAGGAUUCAGGUGGAAAGUCCGAGCCCGCGGUGGAAGCUCUCGUCGAGGUCGUCGCGUCGGAGAGCGCUUCCGAUACGGGCGCCGCCCAGGGCAUCUCCGACGGGCAGCAGAUCGUCUACGUGGCGGGGGGCAGCUCCGACGGGCAGCAGAGCGCCCAUGAGGCCGUCGCCCUGUCGCCGACCAGCGCCCCCCACUUGCGCAUCAUGGCGAGGCCAAAGGCAAGGGUCGGGAUGAAGACGGCCGCCGAGCAAUGCAGUCCGAUCUACACGCCGACGCCGCCGUCCGACUACGACGCCUCGAUGGUGCACCCGCUGAAGAUGGAGGCAGCCACCGACGCGCGACAGCUGCAGGUUGCGUCUCCGCCACCCGAGUCGAAAGAGGAGGUGGUGAUACCCCCCGUGGACGUCGUGCGCGACACCUCGCUCCGCCCAUCGUGGUCGUCAGAUUCCGUCGACUCGGGCGCGCCGACGCUUCGCCCGGCGAGCUACGACAACAUGGAGGACAGCCCACCACAGGACGAGCCGCCCAUGAGCGACGACCUGCUGCUGCAGCUCGCGGCCUGGAUGAAGGACGGCGGUGCUGGGGACUGA